CAGGACGUCUCAAGCACCUGCUCUUGCAGAGUGUUUCACACACAGACGCGCAGCAAUGGACAACAUACCGCAGCUCGGUACGGCUGCAGACUUGGAGUUACGUGCAGCCCGCAUUGCCGAUCCCGGAAUUGACCUCAAGACGAAGCACACAGUGGCAUGUGAACUUAGAGAAAUGAUCGAUACUGUCCGGGACGCGGAUUCAGCGCGCGUGUUCCCCCAGAUGAUACCUUUACUACUUGCAAUCCUUCGUUCGGGGGAUGCGUCCUUCCAGAAGGAUACUCUGGAGUUUCAAUUCCGUCGCGUUCUGUUGGAAGUACUUCACCGCGUACCGUAUAGCGACGUUAUUCGGCCACAAGCACUCUCACUGCUGAGUGGGAUGCUGCAUAUACUCCAUCAUGAUAAUGAAGAAAACGGCGUUACCUCUUGCAAGAUCAUCAUUGAUUUGCUUCGGUCUUUCAGAGCUCUGACCGAAGAGCUUGUUGCCGAAUUUAUGUCGAUUCUCCAGGAAGUUUUCAGGAAUAUUAAAGGCCUAGUCGAGGAGACUCUGUCUGAGGAGUCACCCGUUCUUGAUCCAAAUGUGGUGAUGCCGAGCACACGCAGCUUCAAGGUAUUGGCGGAGAUGGGCAUGGUUGUCGUAACUUUCUCCCAGAGCCACCGUCCUAUGGUUGUUACACUGAUUCAGACGACACUUGGACUCAACUUUGAAGUACUGGCUCUCGAAUCCUCUGCCCAGCGGAAAGCACGCGAGGACUACGAAGCGAUGGGAUCCUACUGGGCUGGAAUGGCUCCAACCAUCAAGAAUCCUUCCGCAUAUGCGGAUUUUGUUAACGCGCAAAUCAAGAUGGUAUCAUAUGUUGCCUAUGUCAUCCGGGGUUUUGGGGAGCAGUUCGAAUCAUUUGGAGAACGACUUAUUUUGUCUGCCCUUCGACUGUUACAAGACUUGCCUGCUAAUAGCAUCCAAGCUCGGAAAGACCUUAUGGUCGUCUUACGCCACCUGAUUGGCACCCCACAUCGCAAGGCUCUGCUGCCGCACAUAGACAAAUUGUUUGACGAGCAGGUUUUACUUGGCACUGGUGUUGGUAGUCGAGAGACCAUUCGUCCUGCGGCUUAUGCUUCUCUUGCUGACCUUGUUCACCAUCUUCGGGGGGAGCUCUCAGCAGAACAGUUAGCGAAGGUCGCAAAGCUGUAUUCGAUGCUCCUUCAUAACCCGUACCUUGGCCACAAUCUCCACACCCUAUUUUCCAAGAUGAUGUUCGGUCUUAUUGAAAACAUCACAGCCAAAGCUACUCCCCAAGCUGCUGCAUGUAUACUGGGCGCCAUGUUUGAGACUUGCGUGGACAGGGUAGAGGCGAUGACAAACAUAUUGGAAAUGACGACGGAGCAUGUGGAGAACGCGAAACGUGGUGAAGAGUCACAGACGUUGCCACUAUUGAUAGAGAGGGCACGUCCGGUCGCCGGUGCGGCAUACGCUAUAGAGAAGCCUGAGGAGGUUAUACAAGAGUGCCGUUACUUGUUUCGCACCCUCUUGCAUGGCUUCCGUGUGUGCCUCGCUGGUUUGAAGAAAUGCGAUGGGGCCAUCCCCGAUGGCACUUUAAUCUUCCGCCUUUUCGCCAGUUGUGUCAAGUGUAUGGUCCUUGUGGAUGCGGAACCGAGAGAAGCAACAGAGAUCAUGGAUUGGUUUAGCGCAGUUCUUCUUGAAGUGAAUCUGCACGUCUUCCAGGAAGUUUGGACCCAUAAAAUUGAGACAUUCGUCCAAGCAUCGGUAAAGCGAGCGACACUCCUCCAUAUCUGCCAGACGCUGUUCAGUCGAGAGGCAGUCUCCCCGACUCUCGUAGCCAUCGUCUUGCGUUUCUUGAUUGACCGACUCCCUCAAUUAGGCGAGUACGAGGACCCAAGGGCUGUGGUCUCAAUCAGACUUUUCAAGAUGGCAUUCAGUGCCGUGACCGCGUUCCCGAUCUCCAACGAACCUAUAUUAGCGUCCCACCUCGCAAAGUUGAUCAUGGAUUGCUUUCCUUUAGCAGCCAAAGCCACCAAACCGACAAACUAUUACCAUCUCCUUAGGGGACUAUUCCGCGCCAUCGGGGGUGGAGGGGGGAGAUUUGAGCUGCUGUACAAGGAGGUUCUGCCUCUUUUGCCUGAGAUGCUGGAAAGCCUUAAUCGACAGCUAUUUGCUUCGGAUGGAAUUAGCAGGGAAAUGAUCGUCGAACUAUGUCUCACCGUUCCGCUGCGCCUCACACACCUUCUUCCUCACUUAUCAUACCUUAUGCAUCCGCUUGCGCUUGCGCUGCGUGGAUCACCGGAAUUGGCGUCACAAGGACUACGGACCCUCGAGCUAUGCAUUGACAACCUCACCCCAGAUUUCCUUGAUCCCACUCUGAACACCGUUUUGCGAGAACUUAUGGAGGCUCUUCAUAGUCACUUGAAACCAUUGCCGGCAAACCAUCACCACGCACACACGACAAUUCGCGUACUUGGCAAGCUUGGUGGCCGGAAUCGGCGUUUGUUGAGCAAAGAACCGCUGCUGGAGUACAAUUCCGUUGCUCGACCGGCUUCGAUCAUUCUGUCAUUUGGGGGAACGAAUGAACCUGUCGACCUAGGUGCCAUGUCCAGCUUCGCAGCUCUAACGUUAUUGAAGACUCCACCACCCAAUCCAUACUGCGGUUAUGCCUAUACCUUCCUUGAGACAUGCAUCAAUUCAUUGCUGCACGAGCAUAAUUUCAAUGAAGCCCAAGCAACUGUAUUUGUGAGAUGCUUCGAGGCAAUACUCGAUGCCAUUCACAUUCCCGAAUACUCGCAAGACGCCCAGAAGUUCACCCGGGAACUCUCCAAGGUUAUCUUCGCCAUGGAGAUCAGAAAGAAUGCUACCAAGGAGGCGGGCCUGAAGCGCUACCCUACCCCCUUACUUUCCUCUUACCUUGAGGCGAUACCACAUGCUCUUGCGCGCGAGAGUCUAGAGGACGCAAGACGUGGCCAGGAAGUAUUCAUCUUUGUAAUGCAGGAUCUAGUUGCCAUGAUCAAGGAGCAGGCCGUUAAUCCACAGGAUGUUGUUCCAACCCUUCAUCAGCUGGCUAACCGGUUCAGUGCCAUGUGCCUAGAAGACUCAUGGGUCCACAAGAGUGCUGGUUGUAACGGCAUUCGAAUUUUAACCGGUACUCUCGACUUGGGUGUGAAGUGGGUUAGCGAUCGCGAGGUUGACUUCAUCCGUACACUUCUGCAUAUAUUGAAGGACCUUCCUCACGACCUUCAUCGCGACGUGGGUGAGGUGACAGAUGUCCUCAAACAGGUUUUGCGGGUUGGCGAUGUGGGACCCCUUGGAGACACUCCAGUCACAUCACGACCGAAGCUUUUGCACCUCAUCGGUAUCUUGUUUGCGGAGCUUUCGAGUCCCAACCCCGUUGUUCGUCAGGCAGUUCAAGGAUGCAUCGAGCUGCUGGUAGAACUCACAGGCAAAUCAGCUUACGAACUGCUUCUAUCUCAUCGCGAUCGCAUGUUAACGGCUAUUUACACGAAACCUCUCCGAGCUCUAUCUUUCCCCAUUCAAAUUGGCAUGAUAGACGCUGUGAGGUAUUGUAUAAGCCUCCAUCCGCCACUACCGGAGUUAAACGAUGAGCUUCUGCGCCUAUUGCACGAGACGUUGGCAUUGGCCGAUGCUGACGAUUUGAAUUUGGGUCGCGGUAACCUUCGCCAAAAUGGGUUGGAAGUAAUCAAACUUCGCGUUUCUUGCAUCAAGCUCCUCACUGCGUCUAUGCCCGUGACUGAUUUCUUCACAAAGCAAAUCCAAACAAGGCAGAGAGUUACUGGUGUAUACUUCAAGUCUUUGUACUCGCCAUCGCAAGAAGUGAAGGAAGUGGCACACGAAGGGUUACGUAUGGUACUGGCUCAUCAAAGUCGCCUUCCUAAAGAACUCCUCCAAACCGGUUUGCGCCCUGUGUUGAUGAACUUGGCAGACCCGAAGCGCCUUUCAGUCUCUGGGCUCGAAGGCCUCGCACGCCUUUUGGAGCUGCUUAUCAACUAUUUCAAGGUGGAAAUUGGCCAUAAACUGCUUGAUCAUUUCCGUAUUGUCGCAGAUCCACAGAUGUUGCAAGCGUCGUCGCGCCUCCCUUUGCCGGAAAACGAGGGCAUCACCAAGCUAGUUCAACUUGCCAACAUCUUUCACCUUUUGCCCUCCACUGCCCAUAUCUUCCUCGAAAACCUUGUCAAUGCCAUUGUCCAAACGGAGGCUCAGAUGCACUUUUCCGACCGGAGUCCCUUCUCAGAACCGCUGGGAAAAUAUCUUGACCGUUAUCCGGGGGAGGCUCUUGACUUCUUCUUGAAACACCUGCACUUCCCGCGCCACGUGAGGACACUGAGGAGCAUCUUACGGGCUCGGCUGGCACCUAACCUGGAACGCGAGCUUGCCUCGCGGACACAGUCUCUUGUUGAACUCUGCCUGAAGAGUAAUGACAAGAGUUUACUUAUCCCUGGCCUUUCCUUGUUUGAUGAAAUUGCUGAUAUUCAGCCAAGCUGGACUUUGGAGAACCUUCAUGUGGUCGAUGUCCUGGUUGAGGUAUGGCGUUCUGAACGCCUGGAACUUGCGCAGAUGGACACCAUGUCAUCCGACGUCAUCCACCGACACUCCCUCCUCCUGUCAAUUUUCAAGAAGACGUUGCAGAGAACAUCACAAGUGGAUAUCCUCUUUGAAGUUGUGGACAUUUACACUCGCAAUCUUGCUAUGGACCUAACGCGCCUCACGCAAUUCCUCUAUGACCACGUCGCACUCAACAGGGAUCUAUUUUAUCGCCGCAACGUUUUAGCUCGCUUUCUCGUAUGGUUUGAAGACUCCUCUGCGUCGUGGGCGGCCAAGACCUACUUCCUUCGCUUUAUAGUGACACCUACGAUUAUCGUUCAAGCUAACAAUUCUAGCAAGGACGGCCUGCUUGAUUCAGAAUUCAUAUCGGCUGUCCAUCAGACCAUCUGGCAGCCCAUGAUAGACGACACAACUUUUACAAGUGCUGACGAUAUGUUCAAGAUCGAACUCCUGCAUUUGACCACUGUACUUGUCCAUCGCUUCCCAGAACUCUUGGAAGACGUCAAGAGGGAUAUUAUACGUUGCGCGUGGCACUACAUUACUUCCGAUGACGCUGUGGUCAAGCAGACCGCGUAUCUACUCGCAGCCCGCUUCUUUGAUGCGUUCGAUACUCCACAGAAAUUCAUCUUACGUGCUUGGACUGGACUACUUCGUCCUCCCCAUACGGAAGGCAAAGCGCUCAUCAAACAAGCGCUGGACAUUCUCGCGCCUGCCCUUCCAAAAUCUGGUGCCAAUGAUGUGGGGUAUCCACAGUGGGCAAAGACUACACGUCGACUUUUAGCAGAAGAGGGCAACGGAUUCCAACAGAUUAUCAUGAUUUACCAGCUCUUGGUCCGGCAACCUCACUUGUUUUAUCCUGUCCGCGCGCUUUUCAUCCCUCACAUGGUCAACUCUUUGACGAAACUCGGUCUUUCUGGGACGGCUUCGACCGAAUCGCGGGCUUUGUCCAUUGACAUCUGUCAGGUCAUAUUUGACUGGGAACAGAAGCCUAUGGACACGGAAUCGCAGCCUACCACUUCUCGCCUCCCAACAUGGACAACCCCUCUUGCUUUUCGGGAAACCAUCGUCAGUUUCUUGGUUCGCCUAGCGACAGCACCAGCACCGCUGGAUCCACAGUCCAAGAAUUCUUUGGUUUCCCGUGCACUGGCGUUGCUGUGGCAGAUGGUUUCGCCUGCGGGCUGGAGCGACGUGACUGUGAAACUGAACUACUUUUCCCGUGCACUUGAACAGCUUGAAUUGGACUCGGAAUCACACCUCAACCAGGCUCUUAGUACGGCCAAAGUGCUGCAGGUGGUGACUAGCGACAAAGAUGAUGCCUGGUUUGUCGCCAAUUCAACCAUCCUUCAGUCUCUAGUACGCAAAGGGUUGAUGACUGACGAGCCGGAUCUGCAUGACACUCUGUACCCAAUAUUCGACCGCCUUCUACGUCUCUUUCCUUUGCCCGACAGAGACGAGAAGCAGGGCGAGAUGUCGGAUUUCCACAACUUCGUGUACACUGCCAUUGAAGAUGGUCUUUCAAGUACUAGUGCAAUACGUGGCAUUCUCCUGAUGUUGAAUUCCGUUGUGCGGGUUGCCGCAGAACGCAUCCAGCCGUUUUCGGCUUCCUUGUUGCGACUGCUCAGUAGGCUCGCCAAAGACCACGUCAACUCGGCGCCGAAUGCUAACGGAUUCGACAACGUUGUCCGACUCAUCACGUCCAUCAUUGACACUUGCAAAGCUACCAUUCCACAUCUAGGGGAACACCGCAAAGCGUUCCUGGGAGCGUUCACAGCUCUCACCGAAAAGUCAAAAAGCGUCUCACUAUGCCGUCACAUGCUCGAUGUCAUGCGCGAAUGGGUCCUUGGUAGAAACAACACCUAUCCGACCAUGAAAGAUAAAUUGAACAUCCUUCAGAAGAUGACUGGCUUUGAAUCCCGUGGAGAGCAGCUGUUCCACGAUUACCUCGAGCUUGUAUAUGACAUAUACGUAGAGCCUUCAUUGAGAAGGAGCGACCUUACUUCCCGUCUGGAGCAAUGCUUCCUUCUCGGUUGCCGCGCAAAGGACACCUCUUUAAGGGAGCGAUUCAUGGAUCUGUUGGACGCGAGCAUCCCGCGUUCGCCAUCAUCACGCCUCGCGUACAUUUUGGGAGUUCAGAGCUGGGAACCACUAGCUGACCAUAACUGGAUCUUCCUUGCUUUGCAUCUUCUUCUCGGUUCGGUCGAUGUCGAAGCCCCCCUUAUUCCGGAACGCAAACUAGCAUUUGACCCUCUGGCUGGCUACCUUAGUGCCCGACAGAAGGCCGCUUCGAUCGUCCGCCCUAUGCAGCGUCUCACCUUCCUGGAUCCCCACUCCGCACACGAUGUCUGGGUCUCCGUAUUCUCCGUUGCGUGGAAGUCAUUGUCACGGAGAGAACAAGCCGACAUGACACUCCACAUGAUCAAUCUGCUAAGUAAGGACUACCAUUUGAAACAAGCGGAGCUGCGUCCCAACGUCAUACAGACACUGCUUAGUGGUGUCCGGGCCUGUAAUCCACCCAUGACACUGCCCCCCCAUCUGGUCAAAUAUCUGGCGAAAACCUAUGGUGCAUGGCACGUUAGUCUCGAACUUCUGGAACAAUCCGUUGAUCACGUGCGUGAUGACGACUCGGGCGUUCGUGACGCUGUGUACGAUUCUUUAGCGGAGGUCUAUGCGGAGUUGGGUGAGGAAGACAUGUUCUAUGGACUGUGGCGACGCCGAUGUCUGCACCUUGAAACCAACAUCGGUGUCGCGUUUGAACAGAAUGGCAUGUGGGAACAAGCCUCGCAUACAUAUGAAAUGGCACAGACAAAAGCCAAACAUGGAACCAUCGCGUUCUCGGAGACGGAAUAUUGUUUAUGGGAAGAUCACUGGAUGCUCUCCGCGGAGAAACUGCAGCAAUGGGACACUCUUUACGAGCUGGCAAAAAGCGAGGGCAACAUCGAGCUUAUGCUUGAAAGUGCCUGGAGGAUCAAAGACUGGACGGAACAAAGGGAGACUCUGGAAGAUCAGAUUAAUCAACUUCCCGACGUCGCCACUCCUCGUAGACGAGUUUUUGAGGCGUUCAUCGCCCUUCUGAAGCUACCUGGCGCUCUGGACAAAAACACGGAGUUUACAAAAAUACUCGAAGACGCCAUGCAAUUAUCGCUUCGUAAAUGGGUGGGUUUACCCCCUCACCUCUCUGUGGCCCAUGUCCCUUUGCUUCAGCACUUCCAGCAAUUCGUCGAGCUGCAGGAAGCUGUUCAAAUUUUUGGGUCGUUGUCGACAACCAACGCGCAGAAUUUAGAGAAAAAGUCCUCAGACCUCAAAAUGGUUCUCCAAGCCUGGAGAGAGCGACUUCCAAACCUGCAAGAUGAUAUCAGCAUUUGGAGUGACCUCGUCGCAUGGCGUCAGAACGUCUUCAACGCUAUCAAUAAGGCCUAUAUUCCACUGAUCUCCAACAACAAUCAAUCCAGUAAUACAUCUACCACGAACUUCAACACUGCUGGAUAUCGCGGCUACCACGAAACGGCGUGGAUUAUUAACCGCUUUGCUCAUGUCGCCAGAAAGCACGAUUUGCUUGACGUCUGCUUUAGCUCCCUCAAUAAGAUAUACACGCUUCCAAACAUCGAGAUUUCGGAGGCUUUCCUUAAACUCCGAGAACAGGCUCGCUGCCACUACCAGAAGCCCAGCGAUCUGGUUGCCGGCUUGGAAGUCAUCAAUAACACUAACCUGAUGUACUUCUCCAACCCUCAGAAGGCCGAAUUCUUCACACUCAAGGGAAUGUUCCACGCGAGGGGCGGACGAAAUGAUGACGCCAAUCAUGCGUUCGCCCAAGCGGUGCAGAUGGACAUGAUGCAGGCUAAGGCCUGGGCGGAGUGGGGCCGGUACAACGAUCGCAUGUUCAAAGAGCACCCUACUGAGAUGUCGCACGCUGCCAACGCUGUCAGCUGCUAUCUCCAAGCAGCUGGGCAGUACAAGAAUAGAAAAAGUCGACCGCUCCUGACACGCGUACUUUGGCUUCUUAGCGUCGACGACACAAAUUUCACUAUCUCUCGUGCCUUCGAUACCUAUAAGGGCGAAGCAGCCUUUUGGUACUGGAUUUCGCUAAUUCCCCAGCUAUGUCUUUCUAUCAAUCAGCGGGAGGCGAAACAAGCCCGGUACAUUUUGUUGAACCUUGCUAAGCUGUUUCCUCAGGCUUUGUUCUUCCCUCUCCGAACCACCAAAGAAGACAUGGUCUUUGUAAAGAAACAAGCCGCGGUAGCGGCAGCGGCAGCUCGUGCCUUUAAUGCCAACCACAAUGUGGCGGUCAACGGUGCCAAACGUGGAGAUGGAGACCAAGUUAUGCAAGAUGCAAAUGGUGAAGUCGGCAGUGAAAUUACGAAACGAGAUACUGGUGUUGCAGACGCCAGUGGGAGCCAGCAGUCUUCCCAGUCCUCUCAGGGAGACACGACUAGUGCAAACCUCCCCACUUCUCAGAUGGCUUUGCAUACCCCGACCGAAGGACAACCCACUUUUGCUAUCCGCCACGCCUGGGAACAUGUUGAAGAAGUUGUUCAAAUAUUGAAAACGGCAUUUCCCCUUCUGAUAUUGACCAUGGAGACCACGGUUGACCAGAUACUCCAACGCUUUAAAGCUACACCUGAGGAGGAAAUCUAUCGCCUCAUUUGCAUGUUAUUGCAAGAUGCGAUCCAGAACUACGUAAUGCGAACGAAUGCCCCUGACGACGAUGGGCAACUUGCGCCCCACACUAUUAGCAACAUAACCAAAAUGGCGACCAACCUUGCUGGCCCAAUGAGGAAAGAGUAUGAGGAUGAUUUCUUGAAGAGCAAGCCCACUCAUUACGAGUAUAUUCGCCGACUGCAACGGUGGCGCGAUCGACAGGAGAAGCACCUUGACUCAAGACCACGCUUCCAAUCUCUGGACUUGUUGAGUCACUAUUUAACGGAGUUUCAGUAUAGCAAAUUUGAUGACAUUGAGGUUCCUGGCCAAUACACGGAGGACAAGGACAGCAACCAGAAUUUUAUUCAUAUUCAGAGGUUCGGUCCCAAGUUCGAGAACUGCAGAUCACAUGGGUACUGCUGGAAACGUUUCACUGUCCACGGCAACGAUCACUCUAGGACUUCAUUCUCUGUACAACUUCCAUCUGGUCGCCAUUGCCGCCGUGAAGAGCGAGUCAUGCAGGUGUUCCGCAUGUUCAAUGGAGCACUUUCCAGAAAAAAGGAAGCGCGCAAGCGGAACCUCAACUUCCACAUCCCUGCUGCGGUCUCUUGCAGCCCGAGCCUUCGCUUGCUUCAAAACGAUUCAUCGUACGUCACUCUUGGUGACAUAUAUGAUCGGCAUUGCGAGGAACACGGUAUAACACGUGAAGAUCCUAUUCUCGUUUCCGGUGAAAAGGUGAAGCGUGUUCUUCUGGACUUCAAGCAAUCAACGGGAAGAGUACCCAACAAAACCGAGUACUUCACAUUGCGAAAAGACAUCAUGGAUGAAGUCGUUGCCAAGCUUGUGCCGGAUGACAUUCUUACUAAGUAUAUGACUUGUGUUAUGGAAGGUCCUUCAGACCUAUGGAGAAUGCGCAAGCAGUUCGCCUUGCAAGUGGCCGCCACGAGCUUCAUGACCUACGUAUUCUGCCUUACAAGCAGGUCACCGUCUCGGUUCCACAUAUCGCGUUCCACUGGCCUUAUUGCAAUGAGCGAGCUACUUCCUGGAGUGGCAAGCCAGGCACCCGUCUUCGCAUCAAAUGAUGCAGUGCCAUUCAGGUUGACUCCAAAUAUGCAACGAUUCAUUGGACCCAUAUUGACGGAGGGUCUUCUUACCACAAGUAUUUUGGCGAUCGCACGCUGUCUGACAGAACCCGAUUUUUGUUUGGACCAGCAGCUCUGUCUCUUCGCUCGAGACGAGGUUAUGACUUGGCUGCACGGUAGAGGUCAGCCUUGGACGUUCGACCUCUCUUUCCGAACAAAUGUUGCUGCCAAUAUUGAAGGUGUCGUCAAACGUGCGGAAGUGAUGGCAUGUAAAGUCGAGCGGGACCACGCAACUGCCACGAACAGCUCGAACCCCGGACCGACGCCCGUUGUGCAGACCGUCACUAACUUAAUCUCCACUGCUACAAACCCCAUGCAGCUCAUGAGAAUGACAGAAAUCUAUCACCCGUGGUUUUGAUUCACUUGGCAUGUAUUGUAGUAAUAACAUCAUUCAACAAGUUGUCUUAGGCAUAGAUGUACAUGAAACAUAGGGAAUCAAAGCAUGAUAAGACUAAGAAC